CUUUGACACCUGGAAGUGUGAGCACUGUGGGCAGUGGAGGCCGAAAUGGACGGGAGAACCGGAGCAUACCUAGGGGGCGAUGGUAUGUGGGGUCAAGAGAGCUAUGCGGCCGCCAGUGGCUAUACGAACUGGAACACAGGAGAAAGCACAGGAUAUGAACCGUACGACUACUCCUAUGACUACGGACCGGGCUCAUCUACCUCAUACGCUUACACCGAGAAGUCCUGGCAGAACUCGUACCCGACUCCCCCCAGCGAUGGCUCCGCGCAUUCAGGCCUCGUCAGCGAUGGCUUGGAAGCACAGUAUAUGCCCGCUGCGAGCUCCUAUGACGUAAAUCAAGGAAAAUAUGGAUAUUCAGAAGCAGAUGUGGGAUAUGGGAGCCGGAGGGAGCAUCGGCAUUCAUACCCGCAGCAUCGGUCAUGGACCGGAAGCCCCAGAGGAGGUUACAGGGGCAACUACGGGGUCCCGGCUCCAAUGAGAGGAGUGGGCCGCCCCCCACCGCUUCUUCCUCCAGGACAGUUUCCUGAGCUGGCCGGCUUCCAUGGGCUUAGAGCCUUCACGGGGAACUCGUACUUCGGUGGAGGUUUUAAGCAGAGGACAAAGCGAAGUUGGAAGGACCGAGCAGCUCAGAGGAAGGCUGCGAGGGAUGGGGGAGCCCCUCCAGAAAAGAAAAUGAAGAAAACUACUAGUAUUGAAGACCCAGAAGCAAAGUCUGAAGAAACGGCAUCUGAGGGAGAUGGAGAAGCUGAUGUAUCAGAAAAAAGUACCAAAGCUGAUGCCGAGGACAAGGAGGACGACGGCGGAAACCUAGGGGAUGUUGAGAAAGGUACAGAAGACAAACCAUCUUCUGAUAAAAGGCGGCAGGACCCGCAGAACAGGCGCCUGCGUGACAGGAUGGUGGAGAGGAUCCAAUUUGUGUGCUCUCUCUGCAAGUUCCGUACGUUUUAUGACGAUGAGAUGACUAAUCAUUUACAAAGUGACUUCCAUAAGGAACAUUUCCGCUAUGUGAGGGGCAAGCUUCCCCAGCAGAUAGCAGAUUUUCUGGAGGAAUACGUGACCCAAAAGAGAAAAAAGACAGAGGAGCGUCGCCAAGCCAUAUCGGACCUGAGUACCACCAUUCAGCAGAUUUACCGGGACCAGGACCUCACACAGGAUCUGGGAAUGGAGCAUUUUGUGAAGAAGGUUGAAGCGGCGCAUUGUGCUGCUUGCGAUAUCUUCAUCCCGAUGCACUUUGCUGCCCUGCAACGUCAUCUCAAGUCCGCUCUUCACAACCAGAACCGCAGGCACGUUAUGGAGCAGUCCAAGAAGACCGCGCUGGCGGUGGCACGCAGUAUACUGAAUAACAAGCUCAUUGGGGAAAAACUUGACCGUUACGUAAAGGGUGAAAAUCCAUUUACAGAAGACCAAGGUGAAAAUACAGAUGGUACCAAAGUGACCGGAGGCCCCGCGAAGGAGGAGGCAUUAGAGGAUUUCACAGCAGAGGAGCCGGUUGAAUGUUCAUCGGAUCAAAAUCCCCUGAUACCCGAGGCUCCUGUAACCGCGGCAGGAGAAGAUCAUUCACCGGAGGCGGCUGUUAGCGCCGUGGGGGACGGGGAUCCGUCGGAGUUCCCCAAAACCACAGCUGAGGGAGGGGAUACAACGGAGGCAUCAGAGGGACCAAUUAUCAGAGAUGGAACUGAGGAAGAGAACUCAUUCAUAAAAUAAACCACUGUCCCUCGGGUGUGAUCGGUCACCGUGGGGGCUUUAAAGGACUUUGGCUGAACCAUGAGUUACUUUACAUUAUAGAGUCGGGGGGCAUAUGACUGACGUAACUAGAAUGUAACAAAAAUCUAAUAUAUGUCAUAGGAAUUAUUUUUUUUGUCUUUUCCAUGCCUUGUACCACUAUCCUAAUAAAACGUCUUUCACUCCUCG